AAAUGGGAUUCCCUCGGACAACACCACCAGAUCCUAAAAAAGAUUCUCUUCACAGGAGAAUCAUACUGGUGGGUAAGACUGGUGUUGGGAAGAGCACUACAGGAAACGCCAUCCUGGGAGAGAAGAGAUUCAAAUCUGAGCUCAGUUCAUCCUCUAUAACAUCAGAGAGUGAAUUGCAUCAGGCAAUGGUUUCAGGGAGGAAUAUAUCUGUUAUCGACACACCAGGGUUAUUCGACACAAGACUAUGCUCUGAGAAGUUAGGUAUGGAGAUAGGAAGGAGUUUUUAUCUGUCCAGUCCAGGACCCCACGCUUUCCUUUAUGUCCAGCCUGCUACCAUCAGAUUCACUGAACAGGAGGAAAAUGUUUUUCAAAAAUUAGAGCUGAUUUUUGGAAGAGAGAUGAAAAAAUACACAAUAUUUCUCUUCACCCAUGGAGACUUGUUAGAGAAGAAGUCUGUAGAUAUGUUGAUUCAGGAGAACAGAUCUCUCAGUAAACUAGUUGAUGAGUGUGGAGGUGGAUAUCACAUCUUCAACAAUAAACAACUGAGAAACAGAGAGCAGGUCAGUAAGCUACUGGAGAGGAUAGACAGAAUGGUGGAGGAAAAUGGAGGAACCUGCUACUCCAAUCAGAUAUAUGAGGAAGCAGUGAGAGACAGGCAAGAGGAGAAGGAGAAAAGGAUGAGGGAGGAAACAGAGAAACUCAAGCAAGAGGAGGAGGACAGGAGGAUGAGAGAGGAAAGGGAGAGACUCAAGAGAGAGGAGCAUAUGAGGAGGAGGAGGAGGAGGAGGAGCAUGAGGGAGGAAAUGGACAAUCCCAGGAGAGAAGAGGAUGAAUGGAGCAGGACGAGCGAGGAAAUAAAGAGAUUAGCACAAGCGCUGAAGGAGGAGAGAAGGAUGAGGGAGGAAACAGAAAGACUCAGGAGAGAGGAGGAGAGGAAAAGAAAGGAAGAAACAGAGAGACUCAGGAGAGAGGAGGAUGUGUGGAGCAGGACGAGCGAGGAAAUAAAGAGAUUAGCGCAAGCGCUGAAGGAGGAGAGAAGGAUGAGGGAGGAGGAGAGGAAAAGGAGGGAGAAAACAGAGAGACUCAGGAGAGAGGAGGAGGAGGGAGGAAACAGAAAGACUCAGGUGAGAGGAGGAGAAAAAACAGACAGUUUCAGAAGAGAGGAGACAAAAGGGAAAGACAAGGAGGAUUUUGAAGCAUUUUGCAGAAGAAACAAGAAGUUUUUGCAUAUUGCUAGCGGUGUUGCAGGUGGAGAUGCAUCUGUAGUUGGAUGUGUAGUUGGAGCUAUAGUGGGUGUUGUUUCUGCCGGUGUUAUUGGUGCAGGUGUUGGUGCAGGCAUUGGUGCAGGCAUUGGUGGUAGUGUAGGCACUGCUCUUGGGGCUACUGGUACUUUUAUCAUGGGUUUAUUUAAAUCUAAAAAUAAAGGUAAUUAAAAAAAGGCAGAGCACAGAGAGAAAAUGUGCAACAGACAAUGAUGGUGGAGGAUUGGGUACACCUGAUUUUGAGUUCUUGUUUUUGAGCUUCUUGCUUAGUCUCUAACUGGGGAUCUUGCUAUGGUCAAGAGAGGGGCAAUUUCAAAAUCAGGACUAAACUCGACAAAUCACGAUGGCAUGUAUUUGGGUAUAUUUUCAGUGGGUGUAUUCAUAAUGUACUAAAUACAGCUAACUAUUCUGCUUCACCUAAAAAUAGCUGGUGUAGGCGAAUCAUGUUGGCUCAUGGUGUAUUUCAUGCUUAUUCAGUCUACAUUGAUUGUUUGAAAUUUAGACCAGUAAAGAGGUAAUAAUAUGAUACUACUAGUAGUUGUAUUAAAUUUUCUAUGAGGUGAGACGCAUACAACAAAUACAGGCAUGUAAUAAAUGUUUAAUGAAUGCUAGAACAGUGUGAAAUAAACAAAUAGAACUAAGAACUAUGAAUUUUUGAUACAUUUUUCUUCUCAUUCUUUUGGGCCAUGUCCCUGU